AUGAUACAUUUAGAUGAGAAGCUUAUCUGUUUAUUAGAAUGGAUUAAGAAUACUCAAGAUGAGAAAUUACAACCUUCAACUCAUUCAUACAUUUCUCCUAAGAUUGAAGUUAGAGAUGUUAAAUCAUCAGGUAGAGGUAUUUAUACCAAUGAUAAAUUAAUUAAAUCAGAAUUAAUACUUAGAAUUCCACCUUCAUUCUUAUUAAAUACAACAACCGUAUUAUGUCAUCUCGCCAAAUAUAACAAUUCAAUCCCAAUUGCUGGUAAUAUUUAUACUCCAUUUGAAACUUUACAUGAUGAAUUUACUAUGAAAAUUUAUGAAAAAUUAUCACAUAAAGAAUUAUCUGAAUUAUCUUCAUUCCAAUUAUUGUCAUUGUAUAUAACCAUAGAGAAACAAAGAUUAGAUAAAUCAUUUUGGAAACCUUUCCUUAAUAUGUUACCCACAUUAUCAGAUUUUGAAAUGAUGCCAUUAGUUUGGAAAGUUAUCCACAAUAAUGACAAAUUGAUCAACCUCCUUCCAAAAUCAACUCAAAUCGCUGCCGAGAAAGUUUAUACCAGAUUCAUCAAUGACUACAAGAUAGUUUCGGACCUCGUCCAAUCCAAAUGUGACACCGAUCCUGACAAUCUUGUCCCUAAAGAACUGUUCCUCCUCUCCUGGAUAUGUAUAAAUUCCCGUUGUUUAUACAUGUCACUCCCCACAAGUAAAUCAACCAGCGACAACUUCACCAUGGCUCCUUAUGUCGAUUUCUUGAAUCACUCUUGUGAGAAUCAUUGUACACUCAAAAUAGACGGUAAAGGAUUCCAAGUCCUAACCACCACAGCAUAUGACCAUGAUGAACAAGUAUAUUUGAGUUAUGGUCCUCAUAGUAAUGAUUUCUUACUUUGUGAAUAUGGAUUCGUUAUUGGCAAUGACGAGAAUAAAUGGAAUGAUUUAGAUAUUUCAGAAUAUCUUAUUCGACUUAUGAAACCGACACAAAUUGAAUUCUUGAAGGAAUAUGAUUAUUAUGGAGAUUAUACUAUGACUAAAGAUGGGAUAUCGUUCAGGACAGAAGUUGCACUUGCUGUCGUUCAAGAAAGAAUACCGAAAGAGUCAAGAAGAUUGAUGGGGUUGAUUAAUGGGAUAACUGACGGGAAUGCAUAUAAGACCCAUUCAUCUUUAUUGCUUAAAGCUAUAUUGGAUAAGGUUAUAGUGGAAGCGGAAAAUCAUAAGUAUUUGGAAUUUAAUGACGAUUCAGAUUUAAUGAACCGAGAAAGAAAGAAAGCUAUUGGAGUGUUGUAUAAUGAUAGAUUAUUUGUUGCAAAGAAUGUAUUGCAGUCUUUAGAAAUAUAG